AUGGCUAGAACUAAAUAAACUGCUAGAAAGUCAACUGGUGUUAAGGCUCCUAGAAAACAACUCGCUACCAAGGCUGCCAGAAAGUCUGCCCCCGUCUCUGGUGGUGUCAAGAAGCCCCAUAAAUUCAGACCUGGUACCGUCGCCUUGAGAGAAAUCAGAAAGUAUUAAAAGACUACUGACUUACUUAUUAGAAAGCUCCCCUUCUAAAGACUUGUCAGAGAUAUUGCUAUGGAAAUGAAGAGUGAUAUCAGAUUCCAAUCCCAAGCUAUCCUUGCCCUCCAAGAAGCCGCUGAAGCCUACCUCGUCGGUUUAUUCGAAGAUACCAACCUCUGCGCUAUCCACGCUAGAAGAGUUACUAUUAUGACCAAGGAUCUCCACCUUGCUAGAAGAAUUAGAGGAGAAAGAUUCUGA